CACCCCCACCCCACCCCUUGCAGACAGUGAAACUGUCCGCUUCACAUCAGCAGUGACCCAGUGCCAGUGUGGGAAUCGCGGACCAUGGACACACACAGAGCACUUGGUGCUGUCGCCCUCGCCUCCCUUCUCCUCCUCUCUUCAUGCUCCGCCAGCAGAAAGCUGCUCGUUUUCCUCAUCGACGGCUUUCGCUAUGACUACAUCGGCGACAAGGCGCUGCAGAGUUUGCCGGGGAUGCGAGAGAUGGUGCAAAUGGGCGCCAGGGUCCAACACCUAACCCCCGAUUUCCCCACCUUAUCCUAUCCCAAUUAUUACUCCCUCAUGACCGGACUUCAUGUUGAGGUACAUCAGAUUACUGGAAAUUUUAUGUGGGAUGAGAAGACAAACAAGUCCUUUCUGAUCGGUGAGAAUGAUGACAGUCGACUACCGAUGUGGUGGGAUUCUUCUGAAUCGAUUUGGGUCACCAUGAUGAAGAAUAACCGAAAGGUUUACAUGUACUACUGGCCUGGUUGUGAAAUAGAGAUUCGGAAGGUGAAGCCAACAUACUGUCAGCCGUACAUCUACAAUCCAUCUGACAGCCUCUUCCAAGCCGCCGUCUCAGACGCUGUUGAUGUGUUGAGGCAGGGGAAAGCAGAUAUGGCCGCAGUGUACUAUGAAAACGUCGACGUGGAAGGCCACCACCAUGGGCCCUGGUCCACGCAGAGGAUUGAGGCCACCAAAGUGUUGGAUGAGACUUUAAAACAGAUGAACAAGAAAAUUAAGGAGGUGGGCCUCCAGAAUGACUUGAACGUCAUUCUGUUUUCAGAUCACGGAAUGACAGACAUUUUCUGGAUGGAGAAGGUAAUCGAACUGGAUCAACACAUAGACAUGAGGGACAUAUUGGUCAUGAUGGAUCGAGGCGCCGUGGUGAGCAUGUGGCCUCACGAAGGCAAGCUGAACAAGGUUUACAAAGGCUUGACGAAAGUAAAGGAGAUGAACGUAUACAAGAAGGAUGAAAUUCCAGACCGAUUUCAUUAUAAAGGUGGAAAGUUUGUUGCUCCGCUUACCCUCGUUGCUCAACCUGGGUGGUUUAUUGUUGAGAAUAUACAGAAGUUGCCGUACUGGGGCAAUGAAACAGGGAGUAAACAAGGUUGGCAACAUGGUUGGCAUGGCUAUGACAACGAGCACAUGGACAUGAAGGGAUUCUUUCUGGCAUACGGCCCAGAUUUCAGAAGGAGUUUCGAGGCACCACCGAUGAGGGUGGUUGACGUGUACAACGUCAUGUGCCACGUUGCUGGAAUGAAGCCGCUGCCGAACAAUGGUUCCUGGUCCAAUGUGGCGUCAAUGCUGAACAACGAGGCCGCUCUGCCCCUCGACACCACCACCGCCGUCACCGUGGCGACAGGAACGCUCGCCUGGCUGCUUCUCCAACACGUGUAGGAUGGAACUGCAGGUGCUGGUUUACACCGGAGACAAACACAAAACGCUGGAGUAACUAUCUUUGACCGGACUUUGCUGGCUUUACCUUGCACUAAACGAUAUUCCCACAUCAUGUAUCUGUACACUGUGAAUGGAUC